GAUGUCCAGAAUCUUCCCUUCUCUCUUCACCAUUUUCAUGCCAUUUUUUUGAUCGAUGAUCUUUGUGAUCUUUGUUAUAAACGUUCAUCCAAUCAGAAUUGUGCAAUUCAUAAAUCACACGAUUUUACCCGACUCUGCAACCUUAACUUUUUUAUUAACUUUCGCAUCUCGGUCUGGAUCUUAACCUCCGGUCUCCGCCACCUUCACACAGUUUAUAUCAACUUGGAUCGGCACUUUCUAGCAUCGACCAUUCAACUCUUAAUACUUUCACGUCUCUUACUACAUACCCAACAUGUCUUUCUCGAGCCUCGUACAGGAUUUGUCUUUCAGAGAUGCUGCCAGCGAGCGACGACCGCCAAUUCGAGGACCAGGAUCCGUUUCGACUUACGAUGAUCGUGCAUCAUAUGUUUCCAGGGCCGACUCUCACGUCUCUAGAGCCAGAUCGUACGCAAGUACAGCUGCGACUAGCGUGAGCAUCUCUGGAGAUAUUGGUAGUCAGCUGCACGGUGGGUACUGUCAUCCUUUGGCAAGAUCGUGGCAGGCUGAGAGACAAUUGACCAAGUCAAUGCUUAUCUACCCCCUAUUCAUUUCCGACAUUGAAGACGAAGAAACCCUUAUUCCCUCUCUUCCCGAUCAACACCGCCGAGGAAUCAACAAAGUUGUCCCAUUUUUAGAACCUCUUGUUCGCAAGGGUUUGAGAUCCGUUAUCUUAUUCGGUGUACCGAUUGCGCCUAACGUCAAAGAUGCUCUCGGAACAGCUGCCGACGACCCACAAGGUCCAGUCAUUGCUACAAUUCGACUCCUCCGUCAAAGAUUCCCACAACUAUUCAUCGUUGCAGAUGUCUGCCUUUGCGAAUAUACCUCCCACGGACAUUGCGGUAUCUUGAGAGACGAUGGAAGUCUCAACAAUCAGUUGUCCGUCGAUCGUGUUUCAGAUGUCGCAAUCGCAUAUGCUCAGGCUGGUGCUCAUUGUGUAGCUCCUUCAGAUAUGAACGAUGGCCGCAUUCGUGCGAUCAAGCUUAAAUUGAUCGAGGAGGGUAUUGCACACAGAGUUGUCUUGAUGUCAUAUGCUGCCAAGUUCUCUGGUUGUCUGUAUGGACCAUUCCGUGACGCAGCUGGUUCUGUUCCUUCAUUCGGAGACCGUAAAUGUUACCAACUCCCACCGGGAGGUCGUGGUCUUGCUCGCAGAGCCAUCGAAAGAGAUAUCGGUGAAGGUGCAGACAUCAUCAUGGUCAAGCCAGCAAGUCAGUAUCUCGAUAUUAUCAGUGACGCAAAGGAGAUCGGAAAGAAUAUGCCUGUUGCAGCAUACCAAGUUAGUGGAGAGUUUGCAAUGAUACACGCUGGAGCAAAAGCUGGUGUUUUUGACUUGAAGACAAUGGCGAUUGAAUCAUCUGAGGGUAUUUUGAGAGCUGGUGCGACUAUCAUCGUCAGCUAUUUCACACCACAAUUCCUUGACUGGCUUGAGUCAUAGACGGGGUUCGUUAUAGAUUAUGGGAUCACUCGGCGCAUUUGUCUAGGCUUGUAAAUGGUGUUUGGGAUACGAUAUUAAUGAAGGGACUGGGAAUUGGAGUUAGACAAAACUGCUGUCAGAAUACCAUGAAUUUAAUGCUACUUUUAAGAACUCA